GUCAGAAAUGACAUUACGUUCCGCGAACCCUUUCAUUUAUAUUCCCUUUUCUUCCUGUAGCUGAAAGAACGCCUCUCUCAAGAUGUUUGGUGACAUCAUCAGUCAGAUCACAGAUGAACUCAGCACAGAUGAAUGUAAGCGUCUGUUUUAUCUGUGUGGAGCUCUUCAUGCGGACACUUGCACCACUGAUCUCAGAACAGUGUUACAUUCUGUGCUCUGCCGAAUGACAAACACUGACCACGUGUUUCUCACGGAGCUCAUGCUGAGAAUCAAACGCUACGACCUGCUGCGAGACGUGUUGAGCACUAGUAAGGGCACUGUUGAGGGGAUGUUGGAGAACAGUGGAGUCGUGUCAGAGUACAGAGUUCUGAUGGCUGAUGUUAGUGAAGACAUGGACACACAUGACCUGAAGUCAUUGACGUUCCUCCUGAGAGACACUUUACCCAAACACAAAGUUCAAAACAUCCAGAGUUUUUUAGACAUCGUUGUGGAGUUGGAGAAAGUUGAGCAGCUCUCCAGUGACAAGACGGACAGAAUUGAACAUUUAAUGAGAUCCAUUCACAGAGCUGAUCUGGCCAAAAAAAUCAGACAUUACCAGCAAAAAGUGUUAAACACCAAACGAGAAACUUCACCAGCAGUCAAACAGCAACUCAACACAACAGCAUCAGUAAACCACUCAUUGGACAUCUCAUCAUCAGUGUCCUGCAAUGUUACACGUCAAGUUCACAAACUCUGUGAUAAGAGGACGGCUGUACGGAAAGAAACACCUGGCGUGUGUAGUCAGCAGAUUGAAGUGUACAGUAUGCAGACAGAUCCUAGAGGAGUGUGCUUAAUCAUCGACUGCAUCGGCACAGAAACAGAUGUGCUGGAGAAAACAUUCACAUGCUUACAUUUCCGCGUGAUGAAACACAAGCUGUUGAGCGUGAGAGACGUCUUGGCUGUUCUGAUGGACGUCGCCCAUCAGCGAGAUCUCUACAGCUCAUGUGCCUUCAUCUGCUGUAUGAUCAGCCUCAGCCGUCGCUCAUCACAUCUGCUGGACACUGACCAUCACGGGCCCGGACUCAACCUGGACACCAUCAGACACCUGUUCACCGCAGACUCCUGCCCCGGCCUGGCCGGCAAACCCAAACUCUUCUUCAUCCAGACAUACGACGUCUCUGAGCCUCAGAGGUGUGUGGGGUUCAGAGGUCAUGAAGACGGAGAGCUGGAGACGGAUGGUCCUGCGGUGUUCUGCCGAGCGAGGAGCGUCCCGACGGAUGCAGACAUCUUCUGGAGUCACUGCUGCAGUCAAGAGAAGCAGCCGAAGACACCAGAACAUCCGUCUGUGUACCUGAACGCUCUCACAUCUGCUUUACAUGGCGGACACAUCAGGAGGACUCAUCUGCUGGAUGCGCACACAGCCGUGAAUCGUGAAGUAUUUAAACACAACAGCAAAUUUCCAGGAUCUUCUGUUUUAAAUCUAAAACACACUCUCAGAAAAAAUAUGUAUUUAUGAUUCUCGGCCCUGAUGUUAUGAGGGAGGUUGUGUGAAAGUAAAGAUGUGUUUUUAUCUGUAACAUUUCAAAUGCUUCAACGAUACCACAAUGAUGUUCGGAUUGAUUGUAUCAAUUAUCAUUUGCAUUUAUUGUAAUUUUAUAAGAAAUGUUUCAAAGUCUGAAACCCAUAUGAGGUAACAUGAUCAUAUCAUGUGUUCAUCAUGUGCUCACAAUGAGCGACUGAUCGUCAUGUGACAUGAAAUGAUCACAAGAGUGUUUCUAGUAAGCGUGACAUGAACGGCUGAAAUCUAAACUGUCUUGAAAUGGCAUUCGAUGUUUCUGUGGAGAUCUUUUCCACUUUUAACAAGUGUAAAUUAAAUGAAGAAAACAUUCAUUCUGGAUCCUAUUUUCGUUCUGUUGGUGGUUUACAAUCUCUUUAUAACUCUUAACAUGAUCUAGUUUUCAUAAACAGACUGUGAUGUGCUGGUCCUUAAUAUAUUCAGUUUAUAUCACUGUUAUUAUUCUCUUCAAAUGUAUUUUUUUCAUAAAUGGUUUAACAAGAGUUUCUUUCAGUGAGUCAGUUUCAGACGAUAGAGCGUCUAUAUUCACUUAUAAUAGUAACAAUCUUCUCUCGUACAGUUUACACCCAGUACAUUAUAAACUUGAUCACAGUUUAAUCAUAAUCCAACUGAUGCUUGUGCUGUUGUGUGUUUGGCCCGGUUCCACAGACACGGUUUAUCUUAAACCAGGACUAUGGCUUAGUUGAAAGAAGAUAUUUAUGUUGCUUUUACAUAAAUGCCUUAGAAGAAAACAUUACUGGUGUGUAUCUUGAGACAAAACAAUGGCACUGAUAUGUUUAAGAUAUUUCUGGGCAAGUUAUAUUCCGUUUGGACAGGUCACACGUUCAUUUUAGUCUGGGACUAGCCUUAAGCUGUGAAACCGGGCCUUUAUGUUUCUGGUUGUGUGUAGUUUCCUGAAUUGUCCACAUGUCGGCGGUGUUGUCUUUCUGACAAACUUUUAUACCGUCUUCAGAGUUUGGUUGAUUAUGAAAGUGUUCAUUUUUUUCUAUUUUACAUUUAAACUGAUUAAUUAAAUGUUAUUCAAAUAAUGUAUCUGCUGAAUAUUUAUUAGUAAAAUAAAUGUAAUUAGUUUAGACUAAGUUCAUGUAUUUAUU